UUUAAAUUAAUAUUUGAUAACUUGGUGGAAAAUUGGAUUAAAUCCCCCAUAGAAUUAUUCUGGUUCAAAUUUAUUACCAAUAAUUCUUCCAAAAUUUGGUCUAUUUGGCAUUUUAAUCUUUUGCAUACCAGUUGGUAUUUUUGAUUUUAACAAAUUGGAUUGAUGAGAAUUUUAUUAUUUUGAGUAAAAAUGCUGGAGCAAGUACGUCCGAUUGUAUUUGACGAUAAUGUUUUAAAAGCGGAUAAGGAACGGUUUGUAACGGUUUAUCAUGUCGAGGAACCGAACCCGGAAUCGCCCGGUCCUUACCCCCUUGCCAGUUUUUUACUACUCCUACCCAGGCUUGGAACUAGGUUUUCCACCUUCAAGUCAGAUUUUUUCCCGAAUACUGAGGCUAAUUUGAGGGUCGAGGAUGGUGAAGUAAUGACUGAGUUUGUUGGAUUUUCGGAUAAAAAGGACUGGUGCGUCUCGGUACUAACACUUUGGACUCCGCAGAAAGGGUUGUAUAAAAGAUUUUACUUUCAUUUUAAGGAUAAAGGUGAGUUGAAGGUGGUACAGCUCCACAGUAUGGAUGAGCUUGUAGAACAUACGAGAAAAUAUGUGAAACCUGAAGUAGUUCAAGUGUUAAAAAAUAAAUUACCAGCACACGAAUUCACACAAAAGCUAUUAGAAGCCUAUAAACAUCAUUAAUAAGAUUUAUAAUGGUGUGAAUUUAGAUGAUUUGGAACUUUUGAAUCGUGAAAAUUUGUACUCCA